AGAACUGCAGAGCGAACGCGAUUCUGAAUGUCACCUAUGAAGUGGUAUCGCAUAUCUUCCAUUGCUUAUCACCUAUAAACUAAUGAGUUCAUAAAAUGUUAUCAGACUGAUUUCAUUAGCGGAAGGUGGCUAAAGAAGAUUCACCCACUCACUAAUGGACAAGCCCGGUAGUCCUUACAAUGUUUUGCCAUUACGGUUCUUUGAAUUGAAUCCAGAAUAUCUGGGGUAUUUUGACUUUUCUAUGGAUUAUGGUGCAAAGGAGUUGAAAGAUAAUAAAUCGCUGCAUGCCCAUGCGCUGAACGUGAUGAACUUUUUUGGAGCCAUAAUCGAAUACGGACUAGAUCAUCCCAUUAUGUAUAAUAGCAGUCUCUCCAAAAUGGUGAUAAACCACAAAAGACAUACGGUAUCGAAACCCGAUGUUGAGGUUGUUUGUGGUAUAAUCAAAGACUACUGUUUACAAACUCUGGGCCACUCUGACGAACUGGAAGAUGCAUUUACAGCAUUGUUGAAUAGUAUCAUAAAGGCAUUCGAUUAAUAAUAUUUCAAGUGCGGCUACUCUCAAAUGAGUAGAUACCUAUAGUCUAAUAUAGAUACGUUACAGUUCAUAACGAACCGAUUCAUUCAUUGCGCGUUGAUGUGUUGAAUUAUCGAUGAAUUACAAACGUUGAAUUGUGCUAUUCAACCUGCAUGUUUUGUUCAGAAGCGGCA